GUUCCUUGUCUUUCAGUGGUAGUGGAGGAGGAGGAGGAGGAGGAGAAAGAGGAGGAGGAAAGCUGCUGCUGUAGCAGACAUGGAGGAGUUGAGCGCUGUAGGAGAGCAGGUUUUCGAUGCCGAGUGCAUUCUCAGUAAAAGACUAAGAAAGGGAAAGUUGGAGUAUCUGGUGAAGUGGAGAGGAUGGUCGUCCAAGCACAAUAGCUGGGAGCCUCAGGAGAACCUGCUGGACCCGCGACUGCUGGCUGCGUUUAAUAAGAGGGAGCAAGAAAGAGAACUACUGAUUCGGAAGCGAGGGAAACGACCACGUGGAAGACCUCGGAAAAUCAUGGAGCCGAUUCAGUCAGCCUCAAAGUCAAGCAGCUCCUCAUCAUCUUCAUCUUCCUCUGAUUCAUCAUCAUCUUCAUCCUCCUCGUCUUCUUCAUCUGAGGACGAUGAUGAUGAUGAUGACCAGGAUGACAGCGACAGAAAGGCAAAGCCAACCCCUCGAGUGCGGGAGCUGCACCCUGUCCCGCAGAAGAAGGCUCAGAUUGUGCUGGCCAAACCGGAUCCUCCAAAGAAAAAGAAGCGAGGCAGGAAACCUCUUGCUCCAGAGCUGAGGGCCUUGAAGGCGAAUCAGGCCAAAAAUUCACGCAAAAUCCUGAAGCCGCCGCUAAAAGACUCUCUCUCAGAUCUGCAUAGCAGCAUUAAGAAACCACUGAUGCCUGCCAGUUUCACCUACACAGGCCUGAGUCGAGCUGCUAACAGGGAGACUAUGGCCAUGCAGAACCGAGGAGCUUUUACUGCCAACGAAUCUCCAAAGAACACACUGGGAUCCACCCAGUCCCAAGGGAAACCUGCGACGGAUUUUAAGCUUUCUGUCUCAGACAUGGGUAAUACCGGAAGUCUAGAUUUAAAAAACUCAUCUUCUAAGUCUCCAGGUGUGGCUUCUCUGAGUUUGCACAAUUCAAAACUUACCAACAGUACCAAUGGACAGGCAGCAGGUGGGGCUCCUAAUUGGCAAAAAAAGCAGGAAACCCCAGUUCUGCAACGACCAGCGAACACGAAACCUUCAGCAUCCUCUCUCUCCUCAGUGAAAAGCCCUAGUACUCAGGCCUCCAGCUUGUCUAGUGUCACCAAAACACAACUCAGUGUCAGUUCUUCUCCAAAAGAUGUUUCCAACAUUAGGGGUUCUGGGGGCAUAGUGAAAAAAGGUCCAGUGCAGGAAAAAAGUGCUCCGGCUGAAGGAGGGAUUUUGGGUCGAUCCCGUGAUAUCAGCAUACCAGCGGGGGUAGAAAAAGUGAAAAUGGAGGAUCCUUUGGAGAGAUUGGGGAAGGUGCCUCUGGGAAGACAGAGGAAGGUCCCGACGUUUACCAGCUCAAAAGAUGGCAGCAAAAUGACCAAACCGCUAAGCGAGAUGAGCACGGGUGAGGAGGGAAGCAGCUCGGAAUCGGAGCAGGAAUCACCGUUCACUGGGGAAAGACAGGAGCUAUCAUUGGAAGUGCAGUCAGAAUGCAAGGAUUGGAGGCCAACACGAAGCCUCAUCGAACAUGUUUUUGUUACCGAUGUCACUGCUAAUCUGGUCACUGUAACUGUGAAAGAAUCGCCCACCAGCGUGGGUUUCUUUAGCAUCCGGAAUUACUGACAGAAAUGAAGAACAGAUUCUUUAUGUUCCUCUUGAUAUUGGGUAUCUUAGAAAAGUGUCAUAGAUCACAAUUUCCUGUUACAAACACCAAGUCUGUUCUGGAAGCUUCUUCUUGUGGAAGAACAAGAGGAUAACUGAGAAAAGGCAACAAUUUUGAAGGAUUGAAGAAAGAAUGGAAAACAUUUGGUGCUUCAAAAACUCCUCAAUUUUCAACAUUUGAGAGGGUUUUUUUCUACAUAAACUCAGAUUCAGGUAUUUAGCCCAUUGGUGCUUUAUUUUAUUUUAUUUUUUUCAUUAAACCAUCAGUGUCUUACAGUAAGACUGGAAAUUCUGGAAACUUCUGGAAGCUUAGAAGAACAAAACCUGAGACAUGACCUUUACACAAGGAUUGAAUCAUUUGGUGCUAAAAGUCAAUUUGCAUUCCCUGGAUUUAAUAUUUGGAAAGUUUGGUGUUAAAAAUGAGGGGUUUUUUUUAGUUAAGUUUCCUUGAAUUUGUCAGUCAGUGGUUCUUAAAGUGGAAUAUGGAAGCCCCCAGAGGUCCAUGAAGCAUAUCUGGACAAGGUUUUGUGUGCAUCUGUGAUUUAUUUUUAUUUUGUUACGGUGGAGCGAUUUUUUUUUUUUUAUUAUUCACCCCUGAUCCAUACAGCUUUUUGAGGUUGUAAUAUACAGUUUUAUUGUUAUUAGAUUUCUGGCUGCUUAAUUUUAAAUCAAACCUGAUGUUAGAAGGUUGAGGAAUGAAAAGCCCAACAAUAAAUAUCCAGAAUAUUACCGUAGAUAUUUAAAUGACAAGCCUAAUAUUUAAAGAGCUGGAUUAGGUUCAUAAAAUGAAUCUGUACUCAGGAGGUCUGUGAAGUUUAUUUUAAAAGUGAAAAGAUUCCCAGCUCCAUAAUGUUUGAGAACCACUGAUCUGAUCGACACCAGGGUCCAGUGUUCAUAAUGAAAUAUAUGAUACUCAGGCAGGGAAAGGAGUUUUACAUGCUAUGUUCAGGUAAUGGAGGGGUAAAGUGUUUUAGUUUUUUUUUUUUUCUUUAAUGGAAGAAAACCGGAUAUUCUGUUCUCAAACAGUGUUUAUGGAAGUGUAAAUCCACAAAUGGAAAAAAAUGCAUCAUAAGUUCUUGUUUGUUUGUUUGUUUUUAUCUGAUCUCUUCUGGUCUUUAUUUUUAUUAUUAUUAUUUUUUAAUUGUCUAAUUUUAGAGAUGUGAUCCUUUUGCCUUAUUAUAUUCAGCAGCAUAGAAUACGUGGCCUUCUCUCUGAUAGAACACAAUAUUUCUGUCUUUAUUUAUUUCUUACUGACUAUCUUUUAGAUGAUAUGCAAAAAAAAGUUGGUUUUGUAAAAAAAAAAAUACUAGCGGCUCAUUUUUAAUCGGAUCUGUUGAAUUAAACUUGGGCGUGAGUGUAAAUGAGGAUGUCAAAAAUGCAUGUUACCCUUUCACAAAAGUAUGAUCACCACACACACACACACACACACAAACAACAGCUAUCAGUGGAAAAAUCUCACCACAGAAUCAGCUUGGAGCUGAACAUUCACAUUGUGGUGUUUGUUCAAAAUGUGUAUUCAUUUCAAAAUCUAAAAAAUACAGUAUUGAAGUAUACGGCAUCCCACUGCUGAUGCACAUCAGUAAUUCCCAGUAAUGGUAGAACACGGCUUUACUCAUGUAUAAGAUGAUAAAAUCUCACUCCAUAGAUACUUACAGUAUUUGUGUGUCUGUGAAA